GCAAAACAAAUGUCGAAAUAUUCACCGGAAAAUUCACCGCGAAAGUCAGUUAACUUGACAGGAGCAAUCGUUUUUUAGCGAAAUGUGGCAUUAUUUCGUAGCCCACGUUAUUUACUACAUUACAAGAUGUUUUCCAAAAGACAACAGAAGAGCAGUACGCUUGUUCUGCACUUUUACCGCCUUGGUUUUCCUCAUCCCACAAUUCGUAGUCCUCACAAUGGAUACAACAAGUAGAUACUGUGGCUCACCUUUGCUUGAAAUGCUGGUUUUGUCCAUUGCAACAACAUUUGCAAUGAUAGCAUUUGGAUUCCUGUUUACAAUGAUGGAGCCUGUUCCUUGGAAAUUGCGACUUUCAUUUCAUUUCUUUGGAGCCUUCUCAUUUCUUGUUGGAAUACUGCAUUUUUCAUAUGCUGUAACCGGACGAGACUGUGAAAAAACAACAACAUCGCUCUAUUAUCUCUCCAUCUCUUUUGGAAUCUUUGGUUUAACUACAAUGUUAUUCUUUGCUUUCUUACUGCCAUUCUGGAUAAUCGAGUUCCUCUGCCAAGGAAGAGUCUUGAACAGAAAAGAAAGAAGAGGCAUUUGCUACGAGCCAGUCUCAAACUGUCCUUGCUUAUGGCGUGUAUAAGUAAAAUAGACCUAAAGGUUUCUAUCAACUCCUUUACAACGUGUUUCGACUGCUGAAAGCUGGAGUCCAAACACAUCAUAUGCUAUGUGGGCUCAUACAACUUAUUUGAAGCAACCUCCUACAUUUCAACAUUAACAUUUCGGAUUUACUUCUGACGUUUGUGAUCGUCGCUCAACAUUUGAUAGCAUGUAAAUGAUCUUACUUAAAAAUAUAACUACAUAUUUCAGCUGCAUAAGAAAACCAAGAUUGCGUAUUUUAUUUAAAUGUUGGCAUAGUUUUCACUUAGCAUUAGCUUAGUGAUAUCCUGGUUGGUAGGGCUUGAAAAUUACGUAGUAAUCGCUCCAAGACUUCUGCAAUGCAUAACAGAGGCGAAGAAGUUAAAAUCCACCAUCCAAUUUAUCUAAAUGAAUUAUUAUGUUAAUCAAUUGAUCAAAUUAAUUAGUUUAACUUGUCAGUCGAUAAUCAACCUAUCGAUGUAAUUUGGAAGCAGCAAGCCCACUCACUGCCAACAGAUGGCCAUUUAAAUCUCUGAACAAGUAAGGUUUGGCACUACUACCCAUCAACUGCAAAAAAUAAUCGAAAAAGAGAAGAGUUGAUGCUGAUUCCUAACAGAAGAGAAAGUUUUAUUCUUACUAUAUAUCGGGAGUACUUUCAUCAAGGUUAAUGUUGUGAACAUUUUGUUUAUUAGCAAGAUUGCAGAUCGAAUUGAAAUUUUGGCUUGACUUUCCGUGUCGUUUGGAUGGCACUGCAGCAUCGAGAACGAUAAGAGAAAGAUUAUGAUGCUUGGUUACUUCUAAACCUAAUGGCUCUUUUGAUUUGUUUAUCCAAUAAUCAAAUUGAAAGAUGGGGCUUAAAGCUCUGACCCUAAAAUUUGGCCUAGUGAGCAAUGUACCUACACUAACAAGUUGCCCGCCUAGUCUAUUUUUUAUACUUAUUUAAAAAAGAAUGCAAAUAUCAAUUGUAGUACUUGUACUAUCUUAAGGUAUUUGUAUUUGUUUCGGAACUGACGUGUGAACCGAUCUGUUCAUUUGUCUUAACAAGUUUAAAAGACUAACCUUCCCAUAAGUAAGUAAAUAGUUCUUACUGCCAUUGUAAAUUAUUUGUAUUUAUUGUACUUUUAUUGUAAAUUAUUCGACAAAGUCACUUCCUUUUAAGAGGUGAUGUUCACAGUUUGUCUUUUGCUCUUACAAGUGUAAAUAGUAAUCCAUUAGUGAUUGAAGUAGAUCGUGUGACAAUGACCUGUAAAAAAUGUA